GAUUUUUCCCUCCUUUAAAUACUUUCCUCUCGCUUGACCUUCAACUUCUUAACAAACAGUGAGAAAAUCGGAGAGAGAGUGAGGGAAAAUCGGGAAAAACUGUGAGAAAAUCUAGAGAGUGAAGUGACAGUGAGAGUUUGAGAGAGAUGAAGCACAUUUUCAAGAAGCUGCAUAUAGGCAGCAACCACGAGCCGAAUCGGACAAACGAAACCCUAACUUCGACAUCGUGCUCGACUGAUCAAGGCCGCACAUCAUCGAGCGCUGCUCCACCAAGUCCGUCGACGUCAUCGCCGGUGUCAUCGCCAGUACCGGUAUCGAAUUCUAGUGUGACGGACUUCAUGUCAUCGGAGGAGGAGUUUCAAUUGCAGUUGGCCAUGGCAAUCAGCGUGUCGAACACAGAGGAUUUGUCGGAGAAGGAUCAGAUCCGGGCGGCGACGAUGUUUAGUUUGAACAACAAUAACAAUAAUUGGAGGAGUGAUAUAGGGAGUAAUAAGGCUGACGUGGCUGCGGAGGUUUUGUCAAGGCAGUAUUGGGAGUACAGUGUUCUUGACUAUGAGGAGAAGGUGGUGGAUGGAUUUUAUGAUGUAUUUGGUCUCUCCACUGGUCCACCAGCACAAGGAAAAAUACCAUCUCUUGUGCAUCUUGAAGCAAGUCUUGGGAGUUCUGGAUUUGAAGUUGUAAUUGUCAAUCAAAAAAUUGAUCAUGCCUUGGAAGAGUUAGUUCAAGUUGCACAAUGUAUUGCAUUAGAUUUGCCUGCAACUGAUGUUAGUCUUCUGGUACAGAGACUUGCUGACCUUGUCACAGGGCAUAUGGGUGGGCCUGUAAAGGAUGCAAAUAUAAUGUUGGCAAGGUGGAUGGAAAGAAGCACGGAGUUGAGGAGAUCUCUUCAAACAAGUGUGCUGCCUAUUGGCUCCAUAAAUAUAGGCCUUUCUCGACACCGUGCUUUGCUUUUCAAGGUGUUGGCUGACAGUGUCAAGUUACCUUGUAGACUUGUAAAAGGUAGUCAUUACACUGGUGUAGAGGAUGAUGCUGUCAACAUAAUAAAGCUCGAGGAUGAAAGGGAGUGUUUGGUUGAUCUCAUGGCAGCUCCUGGGACUCUUAUACCUGCUGAUAUUUUAAGUGCAAAGGAUACUGCCUUUAAACCAUACAACCCUAAUAUAAGUAAAAUCCCUGUUCUCCUGCCCUCAAAUGGCUCUGGACUUGCCUUCUCAAAACCAAGGCCAUUACUUGGUGAAGGAAGUAGCCAAAACUCUACAGUGGAUGGUAGUUCACCCAUGGACAGAGGGUCUGGUUCUGAAAAGGCAGAAUCCUUACCUUCAUUCCCUGCUCCCAGUAGUGAAACUGGUGCUAGUUCUUCCGGAAUAUCUAAUAGAGUGACUCCUAAUCAAUUGGAUCAUCUUUCCUCAUCAGCCAUUGGAACUUCUCUAUAUAAAGGGGGUCGUGGGCCCAAUGCAGCUGGUGAUGGUACAAGGAUGAAUGUCAACAUAGUUCCAUACGGUCAAAAUGGUCAGGAGGACUCAAAAAACCUUUUUGCUGAUCUUAAUCCAUUCCACAUAAAAGGAACUGGAAAAACCUCAUUCCAAAACAAGCCUGUAGAUAGUAGAGUUGAAGAGUUUCAGAGACAGAGAAAUAACCCUAUCUCUGGCCGACCCCCAGUACCAAUGAUGUGGAAGAAUCAACAUCCAAACAAUGAAGUACCUAAAAGAAAAGAUUACAGUUAUAAGGAGGGCAUCUUACCUAAAAUUAACCGUGACCCUAAUAAUUAUAAUCUGUCAUCAUCAAUUUCCACCAGUUCAAGUACAUCUGAAAAGUUCAAUCCUCAUGGUUUCAAGUCAUCUAGUGAUUUGAACUUGUCUAGUAAUAAUAGUGAUGCUAGGAAUGCUUUGUCUAGUAGUGGCCCACUAGUGGCUUCUACCCCGAGCCAGUUAAGUGGACCACCUUUGUUUGAAGAUUUGAGCACUAAUUCUGAGGAAGAAAAUCCUAGGAAUGGAGAGGACAUGCAGAUUGAUGUCUCGAACGUAUUUCAGGACUACGAUAACAAUGAAAUUGGUUUCUAUAACCGUAGAAUGUGCACGCAUGACAGGUUUAUGGGGACCAAUCUGAAACUGAAGGAUUUAGAAAGUCCAAGCUCAUCACUUGAAUCCUACACAAACAAGGUUGAUCAAAUUUUUGAUGAUGUAGAUGUUGGUGAAUGUGAAAUUCCAUGGGAAGACUUGGUUCUUGGUGAAAGGAUUGGACUAGGUUCAUAUGGAGAGGUCUACCAUGCUGAUUGGAAUGGCACGGAGGUUGCGGUGAAGAAGUUCUUAGACCAGGAUUUCUCAGGUGCUGCUUUGGCAGAGUUCAAAAGAGAAGUGAAAAUAAUGCUUAGACUGCGUCAUCCCAAUGUAGUACUUUUUAUGGGUGCUGUUACUCGUCCCCCAAAUCUCUCUAUCAUUACUGAAUUUCUUCCAAGAGGAAGCUUAUUUAGGAUUCUUCAUCGUCCUCAAUGUCAACUCGAUGAGAAGCGUAGAAUAAAGAUGGCUCUUGAUGUGGCAAGGGGUAUGAACUGCUUACAUACCAGCACACCAACCAUUGUUCAUAGAGAUUUGAAAUCACCAAAUCUCUUGGUUGAUAAAAACUGGAAUGUUAAGGUUGGUGAUUUUGGAUUGUCACGCUUGAAGCACAACACCUUCUUGUCAUCCAAGUCAACUGCAGGAACGCCGGAGUGGAUGGCACCAGAAGUUCUUCGCAAUGAGCCUUCUAAUGAAAAGUGUGAUGUUUAUAGCUUCGGGGUGAUUCUAUGGGAGCUUGCAACUCUGAGAUUGCCUUGGAGUGGAAUGAACCCAAUGCAAGUGGUGGGAGCAGUUGGUUUCCAGAACCGUCGCCUUGAUAUACCCAAGGAAGUUGAUCCAUUGGUUGCAAGGAUAAUAUGGGAAUGCUGGCAAACUGAACCAAACUUGCGGCCUUCAUUUGCACAGCUCACGGUUGCUCUGAAGCCCUUACAGCGACUUGCCAUACCUGCACAUAUGGACCAGCCUAGCUCGCCUCUCCCACAAGAGAUUUCAGUAAAUUCUACCCCUUGAAAACUCUCAAUUUAUCAAUUGUGAAUAAAGAGACAUUCUGCUUCUUUCUCGAGUGAGGAUAGUAUAGAAAUGUUAAAAACAGAAAAGAGAAACAGGAGAAAUUAUAGGAAAAAGAAAGAAACUCUUGUAGACCAGUGGUUUGUGUUUAGUAAAUAUAUGUAUUGCUGCUGCUCAAAGUUUAGGAACGGUUUUGUACAGUGCAGUGUCCAUAGCAUAUGUCCAAAAUGUCAUAAACUUCGUAAUAUAUAUAUAAUGUCAAUGCUGUUUAUAAGACAAAAUGUGAAUUGUAAUUACGCCGUAAAAUUCCAUGUGUUCUGAGUAAAAAUUUUCUGAUUCAU